AAGUACAACUAAAGGACAGAAGAUGAUUUGUAGUAGACGUGGAAGAGACAGACAGACCCUCGUCAUCUGCCGGGAAAGUUGGAAUUUUUAAUGAAAAAGAAGGAAGAAAUUGCGGGGAUCCAAAUCCGAGUUUCUCGUUGUUUGGUCUAACAUAUUGUGAUAUAUAUUAUUCAUGGACUAAGAGUCACGUAAUAAAUAAUGAUUGAAUAAAUCAAUAUAAAUAAUUUGUUGCGUUUUGAGGAUUUCCAAGGUUGUUUUGUUGCCCCAGGAAUUCAUAGAGAGCAUCAAUCUCUGUGGAAAAAUGGGGACGACGAAGAGCAGCUCCAAUUCUACCUCAAAAUCUGAUCAUAAUAAUAAUAAUGUCAAUGGCGACAAAGACAAACACAACAUCACCAGAAUGGUGUUGAAUGUCUACGACCUCACCCCUCUCAACAAUUAUUUGUAUUGGUUUGGCUUUGGAAUCUUUCAUUCUGGCAUUGAAGUACACGGUAAAGAGUAUGGAUUUGGAGCUCAUGACUUUCCAGCAAGUGGAGUAUUUGAAGUAGAGCCAAAGAAGUGCCCUGGAUUUAUAUACAGAUGUUCUGUCAAUUUAGGCCAAAUAAACAUGCAUCCUUCUGAGUUUCGAACAUUCAUUGAGAGUAUAGCUAAUGAGUAUCAUGGAGAUACUUACCAUCUUAUAUCUAAGAACUGCAAUCAUUUUACGGAUGAUGUUUCAAAUAGAUUGAAUGGAAAACGAAUCCCAGGUUGGGUCAAUCGUCUUGCUAGGCUAGGUUCACUUUGCAGUUGCCUACUUCCUGAGUGUGUUGAAGUAACUACUGUUAAACAACUACCGGAAUACCAUGACUGUUCAGAAGAUGAAAUCACUGAUUCUCUUUCGUCUGCAUCACCAUGUGCAUCUCAAGCAACAUCAGUAAUGGACGAUGACCAAGAAAAACACCUUUUGUCACCUUUUGCCAGCAAAGCAGAAAAUGUUUCGUUUGUUAAAGAGACACCAUUAAAACGAACGUCACACGAUGGAGGUGAGAAACAGUUGGAUAAUGCAUGCUGUGUUGGAUUGAGUAUUUGAACCGUAUCUGU